CAAAGAUGGCGGCCCUGUCGCAGUUGCUAUUUCUUGUCAAACAAUAAUGGGAAAAUUCAUUUGACCAACUAUUUUUACCUCUUUCUUAAGAGUUAUAGCAAAAUAUAAAUUAGCAACAAUUAUCUUACUAAGCUAGUCAUUUUGAUAAUGUGAUUUUAAGUCUACCGAUGGCUUCCAGUGUGCAAGACUCCCCUGUCGUCCACCAGACAUUUGUUGAGGAAAUAGAUUACAGUGAAAUUCAGGAAUUAUCGGUUGUAGGUAAAGGCGCUUUUGGUGUGGUAUGGAAAGGCUUAUGGCGGAAUACGUAUGUCGCUGUGAAACAUAUCAAUUCGGAAGCAGAGAAGCGUGAAUUUGCGAUAGAAGUCCGGCAAUUGUCGCGUGUAUCACAUCCAAAUAUUGUGCGACUGUAUGGAGCUUGUACUAAAGGUGCUCAUGUCUGUCUUGUAAUGGAAUAUGCAGAAGGAGGUUCGUUAUACAAUGUGCUCCACAACAGACCUAAGCCUAAAUACACAGCCGCACAUGCUAUGAGCUGGGCCCUACAGUGUGCUGAGGGUGUUGCAUACUUACAUGCUAUGAAACCCAAACCAUUAAUACACAGAGAUUUGAAACCACCAAAUUUAUUAUUAGUCGGAGGUGGCCAAAGACUUAAAAUAUGUGAUUUUGGCACGGCAGCUGAUAAAGCUACAUACAUGACAAACAACAAGGGAAGUGCAGCAUGGAUGGCACCUGAGGUGUUUGAAGGAUCGUCAUAUACAGAAAAAUGUGAUGUAUUUUCAUGGGGAAUUAUUCUUUGGGAGGUGCUGUCCAGGAGGAAGCCCUUUGAGGAAGGUGGAUCAGCAUUCAGGAUAAUGUGGGCAGUUCAUACAGGACAAAGGCCGAAUCUCAUAGAAGGUUGUCCUGAGCCAAUAGAACAACUAAUGACACAAUGCUGGGAUAAAGUGCCAGCAGAAAGACCAAGUAUGGCGAAAGUGGUGGAAAUUAUGACAGCGCUUUGCGCUUUCUUCCCCGGUGCUGAUAUACCAAUCGAUUACAAUGACUGUGAGGACGAUGAUGCUGAGUAUUCAGAUGAAGAUUUUAUGAUGUAUGAUACACAUGACAGCAUCGGAACUGACCCUGAUAAUGUAACUCAAGCGCACAAUUCUCUGAAUUAUAUAGACGAAACGACGUCAAAUCCAAUCAUAUACACAGGCAGACCUGAACUGUCACCCAGACCUCGAAGUCUCGUUGAAACUCAAGUCAAUAAACUACAAAACCUUAUGGCAUCUGAGGCUCAACCGAGAACAGCAGUCAUGCAUAAUAAUGAUUUAGAGACCCAGAAUAGAAUAGGACCAGUUAGGAUCCCGCAACAAUUUAAAAAGCCCGAAGCAUAUGUUGAAGCUGGUAGAUCACCGGUCACUAUAAACCGUACAUCGAGUUCUCCGGUAUCAUCAGAGAAGACUUAUAUGCCUAGUGAAGGUAGCACACCUCAAGAUACUCUACGUAUAGUUCGCAGUCCGGCUAUAUUUAGUGAGAGUUCAUCACCUAGAAGACUGUCUCCGAUCGUUAAUUAUAACAUUGGCAAUAUGAACCCAAGGCAUAUAGAUAUAGAGCAAUAUUGGAAUAGAGAGAGUGAGAAAUCAUCAGUUCGAAGCCCGUCUGUGAUGAGUAAUACAAACUCGUCAAGGAAGGAAGAUUAUAAUCAAAAUUACUGUGAUAGAUUAAGCGCUGCCAACAGCCCAGUCACACCUAGAGAGUUCAAUGGAAAUGCACAACAAAAGUUGGACGCUCGUUAUCAGACUCCAUUGCAGAUUGAAGUUGACCCGAAUGCGUGGGAGCUGAACGACUUGCCGCUUGAUUUUGACGGUUACGUGGAAGUCAAGAACAUGGCGGGAUUUGAUAAAUUUAUCCCAGUGGGUAACAGUAGCGGGUCGACGCCGGCAGAGGGCGCCGCGCAGCCCGCCCCCGACCCUGACCUGGACUCGAUGCACAUGAUGCUGGACCCACACCUGCGUCCCAUCUCACCUGACCUCAGCAACGAGGAGUCCAAGCGGAUCUUCGAGGAGCACAAGCAACUAGCACAGGAAUACCUUAAAACGCAGACAGAACUGGCGUACCUGAGCAACCACAAAUCAGAGCUGGAGGAGCAGAUGGACUCGGAUGAGCUGCGACAGAAGAGAGAGGUCAUACAACUUGAAAAUGAGAAGGACUCGUUACUUAAAUUAUACUGUACCCUAAAGAAGCAAUUGGCGCGGGCUGAGAACGAGAGUUGGUUACUACAGGAGGACAUGCCGCACGAGUGACGUCACGCGGGUGACGUCACCUCAGGGACCACAGCCGCGCGGCGCCCCGACAGUGCAACUCUGCCGCUAGAUGGCGCCUCUAAACUUUCCAAAGAUUAAACAUACGUGACGAUUAUGAAUUAUGUCGUAAUCGAUUUUUUCAAAUCGAUUUUUUGAAUUAUUUCGUCGAGGCACCUUUUUUUACAAAGAAUAAAUAAGCGCUUCACCACGAUCCUAUGUUUGUGGUGAUUUAAUCGAAGUUACGCGCUAUUUGUAAGUGCCUUUUCACUUUACUCUUGAAGAGCCCAUACACGUCCCAGCAUUAAGGAUGACGUAAACUACUCGUCUACAUAAAUAUUUGAAUUAUAAUGUACAUGAUC